AUGUACACGUCAGGUACCGACGGGAUCAAACGAACAUUCCACAUCUCCUCCGAUAUCGUGGUGCUUUUUGGUUUAACUACAAACCUCUUCGGUCUCGCCAUCGGCUCUGUGGUACUGUCAUCGUUAUCCGAGAUAUAUGGUCGUCGCUUGGUGUAUCUCUUCUCAGUCACAUUAUUCGCUAUCAUGAUCUUACCCGUCGCUCUCGCGAAGAAUAUUGAAGCCGUCCUCAUUUGCAGGUUCUUUGGUGGAUUCUUCGGUGGUGCUUGGAUUGCAAGUGCCCCUGGUAGUGUUACUGAUGUCACUGAUGACAAGUAUCGUGCUUUGGCUUUGAGUUGCUGGAGUCUUGGAACGAUGAAUGGACCUGUUCUCGGUAUGUCUAAUCCAGUUCAUGAUUGGUUGCUGUUUCUGACAUGGUUCCGGUGUCUUGAAGGUCCUAUUAUUGGUGGCUUUGUCUAUCAAUACCUCGGCUGGCGCUGGAUCAACUGGCUUGUCCUGAUUUGCUCUGGGGUGUCGUUUGCUUUGAUGUUUCUAGUCAAAGAAACCUACGCCCCUGCACUCCUUCGACAGAGAACAAGAAACAGGCAGAUAGAGACAGGGGAUGAGCGAUGGUGGUGUCGAUAUGACCAUCAAGAGACGGGGUUUCAAAUUGUGAAAACAAACAUGAUUCGACCUCUGCGAAUGCUUGUCCUCGAGCCAAUCUGUGUAUUUUGGAAUCUUUACGUCGGAGUGGUUUACGCAGUACUCUUCUUAUGCUUUGUGGCAUACCCAAUAGUCUUCGAGGAGCUUCGAGGCUGGUCCCCCGGUCUCGCUGGACUAAGCUACUGCGGAAUUGGAACCGGCAUCGCGAUUGCAGUAGCCCUGGAGCCACUUAUCAGGAAGAUCAUUUCCAUGCAUCCCAAAGAUCCCACCACUGGUCGUCCAGCUCCAGAAGCGGCCGUCUUCGCCGUGUGUGUGGGAAGUAUAUUGAUUCCUAUCGGCGAAUUCUGGUUUGCGUGGACUGCCCGGCCACCUGUUCACUGGAUCUGUCCAAUUCUAGCCGGAAUCCCAUUUGGACUCGGCAAUGUGCUCGUAUUUAUUUAUUCGACAAAUUACAUGGCCGGCAGCUAUACUGUCUAUGCGGCGUCAUCACUUGCGGGUAAUUGCAUCGUGCGGUACGGUUUGGCCGGGGUCCUACCUCUUGCGGGGAAUAAGAUGUAUCAUACAAUGGGAGCGGAGUGGGCUGGGACAAUGCUUGCUCUUCUUGAGGUGGUUCUCAUUCCAAUUCCCUUUAUCUUCUAUAGGUAUGGCCAUCGAAUCCGAAUGCGGAGUCCGAUGAUUGGGAAGGAGGUAUCAUACAGCUAG